AUGGAUAGCCAGUUCGAGUCCAAGUCUUCCAGGGCCAAGGGAAUCGCCUUCCACCCCAAAAGGCCAUGGAUCCUCGUGUCGCUACAUUCUUCCACAAUUCAAUUAUGGGACUACCGAAUGGGCACUCUGAUAGACCGCUUCGAAGAACACGACGGGCCGGUCCGCGGCGUGGACUUCCAUAAAACACAGCCAUUGUUCGUGUCUGGCGGUGAUGACUACAAAAUCAAGGUCUGGUCUUAUCAGACCCGAAGGUGUUUAUUCACCUUGAACGGCCACUUGGACUAUGUGCGGACUGUCUUUUUCCACCACGAGCUGCCAUGGAUCGUGAGCAGUUCUGACGAUCAGACUAUCCGUAUCUGGAACUGGCAAAACCGCUCUCUAAUAUGCACCAUGACUGGUCACAACCACUACACGAUGUGCGCACAAUUCCAUCCCAAAGAGGACCUCAUCGUUUCCGCCUCCCUCGAUCAAUCGGUCCGCGUCUGGGAUAUCUCUGGGCUAAGGAAGAAACACUCGGCCCCACAAGCAAUGUCUUUUGAGGAUCAGAUGGCGCGCGCGAACCAGAAUCAGGCAGACAUGUUUGGCAACACCGAUGCUGUUGUCAAAUUCGUCCUCGAGGGACACGACCGAGGUGUGAACUGGGUCGCAUUCCACCCUACACUUCCCUUGAUUGUUUCCGCAGGUGAUGAUCGCUUGGUGAAGCUGUGGAGAAUGUCAGAGACAAAGGCUUGGGAAGUGGAUACUUGCCGCGGACACUUCCAGAAUGCAUCCGCAUGCUUGUUCCACCCUCAUCAAGAUCUCAUACUUUCCGUCGGUGAGGACAAGACUAUUCGGGUGUGGGAUCUCAACAGGCGGACAUCUGUACAGUCCUUCAAGCGGGAGAACGAUCGAUUUUGGGUGAUUGCUGCGCACCCAGAGAUCAACUUGUUCGCCGCAGGCCAUGAUAACGGAGUCAUGGUCUUCAAGCUGGAGCGUGAGCGUCCCGCAUCGGCCGUAUACCAAAACAACCUGUUUUAUAUCACAAAGGAUAAGCACGUGCGAUCUUAUGACUUCCAGAAGAAUAUCGAGUCGCCUUCUAUGCUUUCUUUGAAGAAGCUGGGAAGCGCCUGGGUGCCUCCACGAACUGUCUCCUAUAAUCCCGCCGAGCGCUCAAUCCUGGUCACAUCGCCUGCGGAUGGCGGUACAUACGAACUCAUCAGCCUACCCCGCGAUGCGUCAGGAGCGGUGGAACCAACAGACACCAAGCGCGGCUCUGGAAAUUCUGCUGUCUUUGUUGCCAGGAACCGAUUUGCUGUCUUCACUGUAGCAAACCAACAGAUCGACAUCAAGGACCUCAGCAACUCCACGACGAAGACAAUCAAACCACCGCAUGGAACUACUGACAUCUACUUUGGCGGAACUGGCAACCUGCUCCUCAUCACCCCGACUAACGUUGUCUUGUACGAUAUACAGGGGAAGAAGAAUCUGGCCGAACUUGCCGUCAAUGGUGUGAAAUAUGUUGUGUGGUCAACUGAUGGUCUACACGUAGCACUUCUCAGCAAACACAACGUUACUAUCGCCACUAAAAACCUCGAGCAAGUCAGCACAUUGCACGAGACUAUUCGCAUCAAGAGCGCGACUUGGGAUGACACUGGCGUUCUCCUGUACUCCACUCUCAAUCACAUCAAAUACAGCUUGAUGAACGGGGACAAUGGCAUCGUGCGAACUCUGGAGCAGACCGUCUACCUUGUUAGAGUUAAGGGUAGGAAUGUGUACUGUCUGGACCGUGCUGCAAAGCCCAAGAUUUUGCAGAUUGACCCCACCGAAUACAGAUUCAAACUCGCACUCAUCAAGCGAAAUUACGAUGAAAUGCUGAACAUCAUCAAGAACUCCAGUUUGGUCGGACAGAGCAUCAUCUCAUACCUGCAGAAGAAGGGUUACCCUGAGAUUGCACUUCAAUUCGUUCAAGACCCGCAGACUCGCUUCGAACUUGCUAUUGAGUGCGGCAACCUUGAGGUAGCUGUGGAGAUGGCAAAGGAGCUCGAUCGACCAAAGCUAUGGCAGCGGCUUAGCAUCGAAGCCCUAGCGCAUGGCAACCACCAGACGGUCGAAAUGACAUACCAAAAGCUACGCAGUUUCGACAAGCUUUCUUUCUUGUAUCUUGCUACAGGUGAUCAAGAUAAGCUCAAGCGUAUGGCGAAGAUUGCAGAGCACCGUGGCGACAUGACCGCACGUUUCCAAAACGCACUUUACCUGGGCGAUGUGCAGAACCGGAUAGAGAUGUUCCAGGAGCUUGAUUUAUACCCGCUUGCCUAUGCGACCGCCAAAGGCCAUGGACUUGAUGAGCAGGCACAAUCCAUUCUCGAGGCAGCGGGCGUAACAGAAGAUCAGAUCAGAAUGCCGUCAAUAGGGAACAGUCUUGCGCCGGCCAAGCCUAUUGUGCCCACUUACAAGGCAAAUUGGCCAACACGAGCAGCAUCGUCAACCAUUUUUGAGAAGGCUCUCCAAGGAGAGGUUGAUGGUACAGCAUCCGACGAGCCAGCGGCUAAUAGCUAUGGAGACGAAGAUCUUCUUGGCGACGCAGAACCGACAGGAGCUACUGCUGAUCUUGGAGGUGAUGAAGAAGACGAUGUAGGCGGAUGGGAUAUGGGUGAUGACGGCGAUGCCGAAGCUGAUGAUGACUUUGUCGAGGUGGAGGGUGCUGAAGCAGGUGCUGGCAGUAGCGAAGCUGAUCUGUGGGCACGUAACUCCCCUCUGGCAGCCGAUCACGUUGCUGCAGGAUCAUUCGAAACCGCUAUGCAGCUUCUGAAUCGCCAAGUCGGUGCUGUCAACUUUGCUCCACUUGAGGAUCGGUUCCAGGAGAUCUACCAGGCGACCCGGACAUUCCUACCUGCCACACCCAAUAUGCCUUCUUUGGUCAACUAUGUGCGGAGAACUAUCGAGGAGACGGACUCACGCAAGAUCCUCCCCAUCAUUCCACGAGAUUUGGAAUCUAUUCUCUCGACCGACUUGACCGCCGGUAAGCAAGCAUUGGUCAAGAACAAGCUCGAGGAUGGUGUGGCAUCGUUCAAGAAACUGUUACAUCUCCUGAUCUGCAAUGUCGUCGCUUCACAGGCAGAGCUGUCUGAGGCAAAGAAGGCUAUCCACACUGCCGCGCAAUAUACUCUUGCCAUGUCUAUUGAGCUCGAACGCCGCGCGCUGCUCCAAGGCGCGACCGAUGUCUCAGCCCUCUCUCCCGAGAACAAGAAGCGUGCCCUUGAACUCUCCGCCUACUUCACCAUUCCUGAACUUGAAGGGCCCCACAAGUCUAUUCCCCUCUCCGCCGCCAUGAACUUUGCCCACAAGAAUCGCCAACUCAACACAGCCCUCAACUUUGCGAAUGCCCUGCUUGAUCGCACUGGUAACGCAAAAAUGAAGGAGUCUGCCAAGCGCGUCAAGACCGUGGCUGAGCGCAACCCUUCAGACGUUAUCGAGAUUGACUUCGAUCAGUUCGCAGACUUUGAAGUCUGUGCAGCGAGCCACACACCGAUCUAUGGUGGAUCACCAAGUGUGAGCUGUCCAUAUGACGGGACCAAGUACCAUGGCAAGUACAAGGGUACCGUAUGCAAGAUUUGCGAGGUCUGCCAGAUUGGGGCACCUGCUAGCGGAUUGAGGUUGGUUGCUCACCUCAAGUACUUCAUGCCCUCUCAACCCCACCUCAUACACUCUCAGCUCGACCUGUCGACUCUCGAUACAGACACAUACAACAUGGCAAUGGCGCCUACGAGGUCUCGGUCUGCAAGUGCACCGAAGGAAAAACCGACUCUCACUUUGAACACCUCAGUGGACGCGUCUCUCUCCAAGACAGAGACUGCACCUGAACUCUCAUUGACUGCUGACAGUUCUACACCGGGCUUCAAGCAGAGAAAAAGUGAGGUCGAGAAAUCCACGAUCGCAACAUCGACGUCGUUGAAAGAACGCUCGUCCUCAUCUUUGCCACUCGCUCAGGAUGGUUUCAGCUCUGUCAGUGACUGCUGGCCCUCAGGUCUAAGGAGCGAGCCAGACUUGAGAAGCGAGCGGACCACGCUGCAUGAUGACUUGAUGCUUGCCACAUACGAGUACGUUAUGCUUGUUGAGCGUAAUGGCAAGCUGGAGAAUCAGCAUCGUGAGCUCCUCGAAUUGGCUUCUGCCUACGGCGAAGUCAUCCGAGGAACUUCUUCAUGGAAGCAGCCUAAUAUCAGCACCCAUCAGCUUCGAAUCGAAGCCGGUACUGAGGGCCUGCGGGCGAAAGCUCUAGAAGCUGAUGUUCUCAGGCCUAUAAUUCGUGAAGCUGGUGGUCUGCAGGCCCUGGUGUCCAAGAUAGACUCAGUGCAUUCACUUAUACAGCAGGCUGGUGGCUUGCAAGAGCUCAGAGAACUUGUUUCGAAUUCGCAGUUGCUCCAGAUCAGUGUAGAUGAGGCUGGAGGUCUUGAAGGCCUCCAUAACCUCAUCUCAGAGGUUGAUACAUUGCGAUCAGAACAGCAAGCACAUGCAGAGUUUCGAAAGGCUGUGGGAGAUCUCGAGCAGCUCAAAUCUAAGGCUGCUAAGUACGACAAAUUGACAACGGCGUUUGCUGAGAUCAAUGCGACGAAAAAUGCUGACAAUGUUUGUCGCGGGUCCCCAACGGUUCCACUCGUUGGCAUUAAUCCUGCGCGUGCAAAUCUCAUCUGCGUUGCGCCCCCAAAUAACGACCCUGAUCGCGACUUAUAUGAAGGCCCAUCCUCUAGACUAAUGAAUGUCCCGUGGAUGAAGACGGGCUCGAACGAUAUACCCUUAGGAGAUUCAGAUGCCCACGGGCAGCCCAAUGAUCAAUCAACUCGACUGGUGGUAUCCAAGCGAAAGCAUGAUCAUGGGCUACCCCUCCACACGAAGCGUCCGCGGGUUGAUGUUGGACGAGCUACCGCUCUUGUGGGUGCCACCCUGAACAACGGAGGCCCUAGGGUCAAGUAUGAGACCGACAGUUCCUCGUUUGUGAGGCCUGGGAUGAGCGCUACUUCGAUGUCUCCUUCUGACCUUCCAGGCCGAAAUGACAACCAGCGUUCUGGCGUGAGUGGCCAGCUGCCCUUAGCUCGAGCGUCUGAUAUUCCAAGGUAUCAAGUCAAGGCUUUGAACAUGGUCCCUUCAUUACGGCACUACAAUCUGGCCAUCUGGGUAGGGACUGAAAAUCCGUGUGAGCUCUCCUUGUGUGGGAAUUUGAGAACUGCUUCACAGAUUCCGCCUAAAUUUGCACUCUUUCUUAUGGAUGAACUUGCAAAGCACGUUAGCGAGUCAAGAAUGCAUCUCCUCAAGUCUGUGGAGGUCAGUGCUAAUACUUGCAUUCUCUCCUAUCUUGUCGAAGGUCAGAGGGCUCGCAUAGGUCCUCCACGAGAGCGCAUGGCAUGUAGGCAGUGCUUGAUGCAUCGCCGGCCCUGCGCCUUGCUCCAAUGGGUCUCAAGAGCCAAGACUAUUGUCUUCCUGCCAGUCCAAGAGAGUUUGCGAAGGGGUGUCAGCUGGAAAGAUAAGGAUAGUUACAUCCUGUGA